CGCUCCCGCACCGACCGUGUCGGCCGGCCACCUCGCGGUGGGCGGUGGCGCGCUCGCGGGCGGUCCCGGCGGCCGCCACGGGGAAGGGGCGCGAAGAUGGCGGACUUGGUCGUGGGCAAAGAUAAGUGCGGGGAGCAGCGGCUCGUGUCGCUGCCCCUGUCCCGCAUCCGGGUCAUCAUGAAGAGCUCCCCCGAGGUGUCUAGCAUCAACCAGGAGGCGCUGGUGCUCACGGCCAAGGCCACGGAACUCUUUGUGCAAUAUCUAGCCACCUAUUCCUACAGACAUGGCAGUGGAAAAGAAAAGAAAGCGCUCACUUACAGUGACUUAUCACAUACUGCAGAGGAAUCGGAAACUUUUCAGUUUCUUGCAGAUAUAUUACCAAAGAAGAUUUUAGCUAGUAAAUAUCUGAAAAUGCUUAAAGAGAAGAGGGAAGAUGACGAGGAGGAGGAGAAUGACAACAAUGGUGACAGUGAUGACGAUGAAGCCGAAUCCUAAACCAAAAAAGAAGUGCUUUAGAAAUCAGCCUGGUGAAGACCCUCCCGGAUUAGCGCCGCUGCUUUGAAGCAAGCACAACACCGUGCGACUGUAGUCUCUCCGCUUUUCAGAGACUCCAAGUGCAUAGCAUUCUUUCCUGGCUGAGAUCGAGCAUCUAAUGCACCUCCACCAUAAGUAGCUGAAAGGGAAGUAAGCCCGACACAGCCCCUCUGACGGGCCCACGCUGCAGUCGGAGGGCACCAAGGAAGCGCUGUCUGUACAGUCGGGCACCGCCAGCCCAGCCGCUGCAGCCGUGAGCAGUGGACGCAAAGACAGUCUUGCUUAACUUGUUAAUUUACAGAUAGAUUUUGAAGAGCUUCUAAAUAUCAGUUGUGUAAAUUCAUAUAUGUAUAUUUUGAAAUUCUUGUAAACAAGUAGAUGCAAUUUUAGCUAAAUAUGUAGUUUAUGGUUAGGAUUUUACAUUUGAGUUUUUGUAUUUCAAGAAAAUUUGACUAUUCAAAUACUGCAUUUUUUCAAUUGUAAAGAAAUGUUUUUCUUUUUUAUUAAAAGCUGUACAUACUUUUAUAGUAAAAUGCUUUAUGAAACUAGUUUUAGAACUCUGUUGUUUUAAUGCCUUAUUAUGUGAGACUUUUGUGAUAUUUAAAAAUAAGCAUUUCUAACACUUAUUUCCAGAGAAGAAUUUCAAGUCAAAUUAUUAAGUACAAAAAGAAAUAUUUACCUCUGCAUAGGCGUAUUUUUCUUAAAAAACAUUUUAAAACAUUCUGUAUAUGGCAGAUCUCUCAUUUUACUGUUCUUUACACCCAGGCUAAUUAUUUUUACUGUCCACAAGAGAAAACCAUAAGCCCUGGUUUUUUCACAUAGGAUAAAUUUUUGGCUCAUCUUUUCAGUCUCCUUUUUUUAAAAAAAUUGAUUUAUAAUUUAUAGCCAGUAAAAUCAUCCUUUAAUGUCAGGUCUGUUGGUUGUGUAGGCAAUCAAUAUAUGGAACAGUUUCAUCACCCCAAAUACUCUGUGCUCCUCCAGUUAGUCCCCAGGCACAACUGAUGCUUUUUGUCCUUCUUGUUUUUAAAAUUUAUUUUAAAAUAAAAUAUUUUAGAAUCCA